AUCAAAAUGUCGCAAUUUUUAGAGAUGUGCCCGGCUCUAGUCUAUCAACUCGAUCAAAAGGUUUGCCAGAUCGAUAGUGAUUAUACCGGUCGAUACAUGAUGUACUCGAGUACCGAUAAUGUCACAUCUCUGGAUAGUUUUCUGAGGAGUCCAUGGGCGGGCUCUUCAAUAGCCGUAGGCGUUAUAAGUGUGGCUGGCUUUUUAGUAGUAGCGACAAUUCCAAUCGUCGCCAAGUUAACUAUCUUCCACCAUCUCAUUCAGUUUUUGAUUUCGCUAGCCAUCGGUACGUUGACUGCCGAUGCAUUAAUGCACCUGCUGCCUCACGCAAUGGUCCCACACACACAUCAGCACAUCUCCCUAAAACGGCGUGGGGGCGUGGCGAACUUGGGGAACACGUCAUCUUUCGUGGGGACGAACCUGCCCAUCGACGACAUAGAGAACAAGCACCCAAUGUGGAUCGGGGUCACGACAUUUGCCGCCAUCCUGUUUUUCUUCGUCCUUGAGAGGGUUCUAAAGAUGACCUCAGAUUUCAAAGAGAAGCGUUUAAGAAACAAAAUCUCACACGAAGUCAUUGCCAUCUCAGCAUUGAAGACUCCACCCGUCAACAACAAUGACGUCAUCGUAGGACAAGAAACGCCAUUGGUUGAAGUUCACUCGGGAGGUGCCUCGUUCAUUAGCGGCCUGUCCGUCGGGCUCAGUACGGCUGUGGCUAUCUUCUGCCAUGAAAUUCCGCACGAAUUGGGUGAUUUCGCAGUUUUAUUGAAAUCCGGAAUGACGAUGAAGCAGGCGUUAUUUUGCAACUUCCUGUCAUCAGUUCUUUGUUUCUUGGGGAUGAUCUGUGGAGUCCUAAUCGGAAAUCAGCCGUCCGUCACCCUCUGGAUCUAUGGUGUCACGGCCGGGAUUUUCAUUUAUAUAGCGCUCGUUGAUAUGCUUCCACAGGUGACCUCCCAAUACGAGAUGGAAAGCGCGCCAAACAAACUGCAGCUGACGAACAUUACUGUCGACAAAAACACUAAAUCAAAAUUUUCAUUUGGUAAGAUGAGAAAUUUGAAGCGCUUAAUAUUACACGUUACCGGUAUUCUUAUGGGGUUUACUAUAAUGUUACUCAUCGCUUUGUACGAAGACCAAAUAUCAAUAAUUUAAUUAAUUAAAGAGUCUAUCAAUUAAUUAAUUAGUCAAUUAAAUACUUUAAAUAAGAUUAUACUAAAUUUAAUUAAGCUGAUCAUAAGAUCGAUUAAAUUGAAUAUAACAAUUAUUCUACUAUAAUUUUUGUUGGUUUGUUUCGUUAUGUUUGACGAUUUUAAAGUGCUUCUUUGACGCUAAAUUUUAUUUGUCUUUUUGUUAAAUUUUAUUAAUUUUUUUAGACAUUUUGUUUAAUUGCUUUGAAAAAAAUUCUUUUUUUUCCAGCUAAUUAUGAACUAUUAUUAUCGUUAGUAGAAGUAUUAGUUAAUUAGUAGCUGUAGUAGUAGGUAGUAAUAUUGCUAUUGAAUUAAUCGUUAAAAAUCGUUUUAAAUUAAAAUGAACUUGAUGAUAAGCUAAUGUAACAUUUGUUAUAUAUAUAUAAAUAUUUAUUUAUUUAUUUACGUAUAUAUUACUUAUAACAUAUAUAUUUUUAUCCAUAAAAAAUCCAAUUCCUAAUUGUAAAUAUAUGAUACGUUUUAUUAAUGUAUAUAUAACAUAUAUGUAUGUGUAUAUAUAUAUAUAUAUAUAUAUAUAUAUAUAUAUAUAUAUAAUUUGUAUAGAUUUAAAUAAAAAUGAUUUGACGAUGACGAUGAAUGAAUGUUUAAUAUGUCAUACAAAUAUAUUAUUACAGGUGAUGCAAACAAUUUAUCAAAAUUGAUCGUUUCAGUAAUUUUUUGAAAUUUCGCCUUACUUGUUUUUUAUGUAUUUCAUGAUUAAAUCUGUC